AUGGGGCGCAAGCCAAACGGAAUCGUUUCCGAAUUCUUCCAUCGCGGUGCCAAACUCGCGGACUCGAGCAACCGCUACGAACACACCUGCAAGUCCUGCGGACAAGAUUUCCCCAAAGGCCGCACUGACAGCCUUCUCAGCCAUUUGGUGAAGACUUGCCAGGCCAUUUCAGUUGCGGAUAAACAGCGUGUGCUACAUCUCUGGCGAGCGGGACCUGAACGCGGAGGACGAGGGAGCAGCGGGAAGAAGCUGCAUGUAAAUGGAAAUGGACGCAUUGGACGUGGGAAACCUGGGAGCUUGCCAUAUGUAGGGAGGCAGACGGUUUUCAACGGGAUUGGUGGUGGUCUUAAUGGACUUAAUGUUCUUGCGGAAGCAUCGAGACAGGUCGGCGCCUCGGAUGGGAAGCAUCCCAAUAACAAUAGCGAAGAAGGGGGAAAUCCUUUAGGAGAGAAGACGAUUGUAGUAGAUCCGGCACUAGAAACAUCCAGCGCAGGGAAGCAGCGAAAUAUCGAGGCUGACCUUCGCGCCGCACUUGCGACGUCCUCUCCGCCGCCUAACCCCUACGACACCCAUUCGGCAGAAUCAUCGACCGCCAUGGCGUUCCUUAAUAACAGUUUCUCCCUUGCUAGCGAGCAUACUCCUGACCCCGGACAGUCCUCACAACUCUCGUUGAUUGCCGCAUCUGCGAAUGAGAUGGUCCCGCAGGAUGGAGGCCUGUCUCUAGAUAAUGAUGUGGACUUCAACUCUGAUACUCAUCAUGCCGCCUUUUACCCUCGACCUAUUGCCAUACAUGCGAGUCCACAGGACUCCUCUGGGUUCAUCAAUAAUUUUGGCGAAACUAGCAAGCCAAUGAAACAUAAACUUAGAGCGCAGUUCUCAGAAGAGCGUCGAAAGGAAGUCCAAUUGGUCAGGAAAAUGGGCGCUUGUUUACGAUGUCGGAUGCUGAAGAAAACUUGCUCUUCAGAAGAUCCAUGUAGACAAUGUCAGGCAAUUCAACAUCCUCGAGUAUGGAUGGAAUGCUGCAUUAGAGAUCGGCUACCGACUCAAUUAACGGCUUACUCCGCAGGCCUUCACACGACAUUGGCUUAUCACGACAUUACCAAAGUCAAAAGCCAGCUUUCCUUUGACCUUGGGAUGGGGAGAAUUGAGAUAUUUCACUUUGAUAGCCAACCCCCGAAAUUCAUCACCUUCAGUGCUCUACACCACCAGAUAGAGCCUAUUCAACACGUAGAUCCUGAUCUUCCUGGGGUCACGGCCGACGAAAAACCAAGAGUCCAAGCGCAGCAAGACAUCCGUAUAUUAGAAGGAGAUAUAGACGAGCUAUCUACGAAAGUGGAGGCUUACAUGAAAACGAUGGCUGUUCAGUAUUUCGAAUCAGAGCCGUCUACUUUUAUCAGAGAAUCCGUUACUUUGUCUUGGGAGCUAUACCAGAACACGGCUGACCAAUUACUAGCCGGGGUGUUAGACCUUUGGAUUGCAACUCGAAUCCUUGUGGAUACGGAACAACUAAAAUGGAAAAUAUUCCUCAACCCAACUCUCCCACCAUCUUCCACCCAACCAAUAUCUUCAACUUCCACAGAACUCUGCACCGCCAUCGACGAAACAAAUUACCCAAACUCGUAUGCUCUAAUCUGUGCCCAAAUGCGUGCUGCCACAGAGAGAUUUGCAGGACGAAUUAGCAAGGUUGUUCUCACUAAAAUCGAGCAGCGGCUACUUCAAAAACAACGCAGUGGGCACUUCCGCACGUUUCUAGGUGCCGUUGUAUUGAUGAAUUGUGUUGAACGGAUGGCGUGGCUGUUCAGAAAAUGGGAGAGUAAUGAGCAGGAUAGGCAGCAGUGGCCACUCGAAAGUGGACCCGCCAUAUACGCAGACCAAAACAAUCGAUUUGCCGAUAUUGUCACCACCCAUCUCCGCAUGCGCUCUCUAGCCCCGGACUGCACCUUAGAUCCUGAAACGGGAAACCUAAAGGUUGGAUACAGCAGCGACCCAGAUGUCACCAAAUGGUUCAAUGCGAUCAGUAUUUCGCCUGAAUUCUUCCAAGAACGGCAAAGGGAAGAAUUCGAUGCCUCAAAUCCACGUUCUUUUGACUUGCUGUACUGUACACAGCUGUUCCGACCGGCCAGCGCUUGA